UCCACCGAGAUCUAAUUGCCUGGCAAUAAAAUCUGCUUUUCCUCAACUGGUGCCAGUCCUUCACUUUUGAGCUCGGGUUGGGGAAUUCUGCUACAACUGGGGCUGAAGGGAGGGGGGAGAACAGACUGGGGCUGAAGACGAAAUGAAGAUGGCAGGGAGAGACGGGGAGAACUAGGGGCGCAGAUGCUCUGUGCCGGAUCAGCUAGUAUAUAUAAUUCUCUUAGAUGUACCCGUCGCUAAUCCCAUGCGUGGCAGCUCUCGCGAGAGUUCACGAGUGAGGGGAGGGGGAGAGGAAAGCGGUGGAUGUGGGGAACAUAAGGCCAAUGGACACGCCAGUGAACAGAAUCCUAACUGAAAACACUGGUGCAUCCGAGAGGUUAGGAAAAGGAAACUAAGCAUUUUCCUGUUGCAAGUGCUAUAUUUCCUUUACAUACUCUGAAUCAAUACACAUAGAAGGAGGAGAUUUAAUUUUCUGCUACAGGCAUCAGGAAGCCACUUAUUCUCCUAGCCUUUUUGGCUGCCUCCUGGCAGUGGUGGUGGAGGCAACAGUAGAACUUUCCUUGACACCUUGAUUCUCCUUCACAAACAGUGAAGCAACAUAUGAUCCAUUGUCUCUCUCAACUGCUUCCGACUGACACGGGCAUAACUGUUGAGAAAAAGAAGUACCACGAUAGCAACCCUCUAAAGGAGCUGAGAGCAGCGUGUUCAAGUGGGUCAAGCCAGAUGCCCUUCUUGAUUUGGCAAAGGCAAGCUCAUGUAAAAAUAUGUCUGAUCUAUGAAGAUGAGUUACAUUACCUAAGAAAGAAAAGAAGCACACCCGUGAACCAAAACUAGCAGGUUGAACAGCUCCUUUCCCCUGCUGUCCAAGCAGCUCAAACAGCUCCUCCUGGCCCAAUUGGCACUGGCAUGAGGACACCAGCACUGGAAACAGGCCCCAUAUUUGCACCUGAGAUGUCCCCUUUGCAUUUGGUACAGAAUAUUGUGGAGCGUGUCUGAACUUGUGCGAAUAUACCCCAAAACCUCAUAAGCAUUUGUGAACUAUUAUAACACUCCCUUGAGAAGGCUACUGUUUAUACAGACAUAAUUAGGAAAGAAGUUGGCCACAGCCACUGAUUCAAACGCUCACUUUGACCAACAAUAAGGAGCUAAGCGUCCCAGCCAUUCUGAAAGAAAACUGCCAAUGACGAUGGCAUCAGCUGACCCCAUGCAGUAUGAAGACCUUGACAACUUCACUUACUAUGUUGAGAAUUUUGAGGAAGAUGAGCCUCCCCUCUCCUACCUCAGUAACACACAGAUUGUUUCUCUUGUGCUGCACGGUGUGGCUUUUCUCCUAGGAGUACCUGGUAAUGCAAUAGUCAUCUGGAUUAUGGGUUUUAAAUGGAACAAGUCAGUCACUUCCCUCUGGUUCCUCAACCUGGCCAUUGCAGACUUAAUCUUUGUCCUUUUCCUGCCUUUCUACAUUACAUAUGUGGCAAUGGGUUUCCACUGGCCCUUUGGGAAAUGGCUCUGUAAAGCAAACUCCUUUAUUGCCUUGUUCAAUAUGUUUGCCAGUGUCUUCUUCCUGACAGCAAUCAGCCUUGACCGCUAUGUCCAUCUGAUCCAUCCGGUCUUCUCCUACAAGUAUCGGUCUCUCAAAAACACCCUCCUUUUGACUGGAGUCAUUUGGUUUUUGGCUACAGCCAUUGGCAGUCCAGCAUUGUAUUUUAGAGACACGCUUACAUUACCCAACAAUUUCACCAUUUGCUACAACAACUUUCAUACAAAUAAUCUGGAUCUCAUUAUAUUAAGACACAAUGUUCUGAUCUGGGUGAGGUUCAUUUGUGGCUAUCUCUUUCCUCUCUUGACCAUGAUUGUGUGUUACUCCCUUCUGAUCAUCCAGGUGAAGAAGAGUGCAGUGUUGACCUCCAGCAGGCUUUUCUGGACUGUUAUUGUUGUGGUGGCGGCUUUUUUUGUUUGCUGGACCCCAUACCAAGUAUUUAGCAUUCUUGAACUGUCUGCUCACCGUAAUGCCUACUUGCUUGACUUGUUUCGGGAUGCCAUUCCUCUUACUGUUGGUUUUGCUUUCAUCAAUAGCUGCCUUAACCCAAUUCUCUAUGUUCUUCUCAGCAAAAAAUGCCAAUUCUGUUGUAGUGUGACAUUUUCAGAAUUGGUGAAACAUACACUAUUGGAGGUUAGCCAGUCUGGCACAGUCAGUGAACAAGUUUGGAACUCCAUGAGAUUGCAGCAGGAAACUCUUGGGCUUGAAAGUUCUGUGGGGAAAACCUCUCUGUGACUGGCUCUUCUGUCUUUCUCUCUUUACAAAUGACCCACCUUAUUCCAUUAAAUGUAUUUUUAGCUAAACAACUAACAUGUCUGUGUACCAAAGGCAUGGCAGAUUGAAUCUGACCAGUUGAAUUCUGUAGUUCAUGUUUUGUUACAUGCUCUUAUAUAGAUAUUCAACUGGCAAUAGGGUUGAGCUGUCUUACAGUUGCUUUCUUAUACAGUACAUAUGCACCAAAUGCUGCGCACGCACACACAGAGACACCAUUUAAAGUACCUCAGAGCAGUAUUUUGGGAUAAGUUCUGACAUUUGCACAUGUGAGCUCUGUGGUCCAUUGAAAAGAUUUGCACAAAUAGAAACCCAUGAAGAUAUUUGUACUUGCAAAAGGAGAGAGGGUAUGGGCAAACAGGUUUUUUUUAAUACAAAAGAAGCAAAGCAACAUAUUCAUUAGGAACAGUUAGAGUGACUUUUAGAGAUCAAGCUGCAUGAUGAUUAAUCUUUUGCAGAUAGUGGCCUCAUUACAAAAUAUAUAGUAUCUGAAAUACAUUACUAGCAUCUCUGCCUUCCUGCCCACCAAUAGCAAUACAACCUGUUGAUCUUAAAUGCUAUGAGGUCUCUUCACUCCCUCCAUUCCCUAUUUCAUCAAGAGUCCUUUUGUUUCCCUAUAGCUUCAUCCAGUUUCUGGACACGCUACACACUACACUACCUUGUCUCUGGGCUUUCCAUCUCAUGUCUUUCCUAACUCCUGAGACUAUCUUUCAGUCUUCAGCCUUCACCACAGCUGCUUUUGCCUAGGAUCUGCAUGAGGUUUUAAUCCCAAAUUGACAACUGAACAAGAUUUUUAAUAAAUUCCCUCACAGAAGCUGCUGGACUACAAAUGCUCUGACAGCAUUUGUCUGAAUGUUAAUGUUAAUGAACUGAAUGUUAAUGAACAUUCCAUGCCACAGCAUCUUCUGCCAGAGUCUUCAGAAACGCACACCCAUAAACUAUAGGUCACCCAUCAAAAAGAUAAUAACAUGUUGUUUUCAGUGGGAUGUGAAGCCCAAUCCAAUGCAUGCUUAUUCAGUCUCAUUUAGGUUUACUCCAAAAUAAGCAUGUGUAUGAUUUGAGCCUAAUUGCUUAGGUUUUGCAGACUUGCUUGUGCAGUGCUUUUUUGGAACACUGUAAAAUAAAAUUGCAUUUCAGUCCUAUUUGUAGAAGAUACAUUUUAUAAAAAUAUGUAUAUGUCCAAUACAUUACUGUGCGGUAUAUAUCAACAUUUUAGAAUCAUAUAGCCUAUAAUGUGUUGUAGUCAUCUGGUAUUUCAUCUUAGUGGUGUCAUUAUAUUGACAAAGCAAGAGAACAACAUUUAUAAUAAAUUCUUAAGAUCUGA